AGAAUGUCAGAGGACCCAUCAUGGUACAAGACCUCCAUGUCAAGUACGUCUUCUUGUAUUGAGGAGGAACAUGAGCCUGUCGAUCAGGAUGAGGAAGAGAUGUACAACCCGAGUGGAUGCACGUGGCAACUUCUCUCCGUCUCCUUACACAGAGCCGCAAAUCUCGGGUUCGGCAUCGCGAUAUCAGGUGGUCGUGACAAUCCACACUUCACAUCAGGAGAUCCAGUCGUUGUUAUAUCAGACGUCGUGCCGAACGGACCAGCUUGGGGACUUCUCCAAGUAAAUGAUAGGAUACUGUCCGCGAAUCAAGUGUCAUUCGAGAACAUUGAGUACAGUAGUGCCGUCGAUAUUAUCAAGAAUAAGGAUCACAUUGAUAUGAUAGUGAAGCGACGAGUUGCAGUUCCAAUGUUAGAAUACGAGCAGAGAACCCUCAAGUUUACACUGUCAAAGUCUCGAAAAAAGGAUGAUUUCGGGAUAGUUGUCGGAUGCAAAUUCUAUAUAAAAGAGAUUCGAAAUCCAAAACUAGCUGAGAAGGAUCCAGGAUUGAAGGAAGGAGAUUCAGUGUUAAGGAUCAACGGACAAAGUUUGGAAGGUGCCUCUUUGGAAGAAGUUAACAAAUGGUUGGAGAGAUCUCGUGACAAGCUGUGCCUAGUUAUUCAAAGAGAUGUUCGACGGGGUACAUCUCGGUGGCCAUCACAGAAUACAGUUUACGAGAGAGUUGGAAGUGUUGCUGCAACGCCGAGGCACUCGCCAAGUCCAAUGCUUCCACAUAUGCCGAUUACUCAGAGAAACUCCCAUGAAUAUGUGAAUUCGCCACGUCAUCGGUCGGAUGGAAGUGUGGAACGGCGUGUUAGCUCCCCGGCAAACUCUCAAUUAUCCAACUUUAAUGGAAUGGCAUCUUCCCAGAUCACAACUCAAGAUUACGACUGUUACACGCGUCAGCCAUCACGGUCGAUUGAUGCAAACGGAGUAGCAAAUAUCAUGUUUCGGAAGGUCGGCGGAAGUGUCGGAGUACGUGUAAUUGGUGGUAACGAAGUGGGCAUUUUCGUGUCAGCGGUUGCAGCCGACUCACCAGCCUCCCUUCACGGUGUCAGUUGUGGAGAUCGAAUUUUGGAGGUGAACGGGCGGAAUAUGCGGGGAGUGACACGAGAGUCCGCCGUACAACUGCUUCUAGGCCUCGACGAUCGGGUCUCACUGAGACUGGAACAUGCCCGGCAAGAUUUUGAACAUGUCCGAGCCAACCAGCUCGGCGACAACUUUUACAUUCGAUCUCAUUUUUCGCGCGAAAAACGAGAUAAGGCAAGUCCACUGGAGCUGAGUAUCAAUGAAGGUGACAUAUUCCACGUGACGGAUACAUUAUUCGGUGGGACAGUUGGUCUUUGGCAAGCUGCAAGGGUCUACUCAUCCAGUGAAAAUAAGGGAGAACCUGUGAAAGGUGUGAUUCCGAAUCAAGCGACCGCCGAGCAAAUUGCAAAGGAAUGGAGGGUAUAUGUCGAGGCAAAGCAGGCAAAGAGCGGUGGAAGUGGGACACUGUUAAGACGGAAAUUUGAGUCAAGAAGGACAAAGUCACUUCCGAAGAAUAUGAUUUGUGAUCCAACAGAACUGAAUCUACCACUCCCGGCCUACGAACGAGUGGCCCUCAACACCCCAUCGUUCCAUAGACCCGUAGUCCUAUUCGGUCCGCUAGCCGACAUAGCCCGUCACCAAUUGCUCACCCAAUUCUCCGCCAGAUUUGGAUCUCCAGAAUCUGAUGGUGGUGUGAUCCGACUGAGUUCUGUGGAUCAUGUGAUUGCAUCUAUGAAGCACUGUGUACUUGAUAUAAGUAUCGAGUCUGUUGAACGUCUUCAGCUGGCACAAUAUGCGCCGAUUGUCGUGUUUCUGGAUGUUGACGGAAGAUCCAAGAUUCGAGAGAUUCGGAAAAAGUGCAACGCACCACAUUUGUCCUCAAGAAAACUUGCUGAAAACGGAAACCAAAUCAAAAAACAUCACUCCCAUCUGCUCUCGGCAACAAUCGAUGCAACUCACGAGACGGGAUGGUUCGAUGCUCUUCGAGAACUCAUCGGACACCUUCAACAACGUCGUCUCUGGAUGCCCGAGUUUCCACCGAAUCUUCCAUUGGAAGAUGUUCUUCUAUUCCCACUGCCAAAGUGGGAUGGUGAUGUGGAUUCGUUGAAGAGUGAGUACGUGGAUUAUCAGGAUAGUCUACCGAGGAAAGGGGGGGAGAAGAAAUGGGAUUCUUCCCCAUUACAAACCCCCGGUGAUCUACCGAGUGAAAUGCGCGAGUACUCAACUAUGCCAAGACCUCAACAUCAUCAGCUUGGCCAGGAUUUUGGUGGGAAUCGGAAUAGGCAAUCUUCGAAUUCUCAGUCAACAUUAUCCACGUUUGUUACAACAGCUUCCUCGUCAAAUCCUCCACGGCCACUUUUAACUCCGACUAGGGAUGAAUCAGCGUCACGGACUACAACUCCACAUGGAUAUUAUCAUGUUAAGCAGCUUCUGGACGAUGACUCACUCUAUCAGGAUGCCCGUCUGGCUAACGAGAUAGCGAAUGCCAGGUUACGAGAAGAAGCGAAACUUCGUGAGGAACGAGUCAACCGACAGAGAUCCGAGCUCUCCCCAUCCAACAUGCAACAUCGUCUGGAUAAUACUACUCCGAGCAACUUUGACUUUUCAAACGUUCAGCCAUCAAAUUCCAAUCCGGUUCCUAACGGCCGUUACCACCCACUGACACCGUCCAGUAUGACGUCAUCAUCCUCUGGAGCUUCUCGGACAGCAGGCCAAGGCCAACAACAGACUGCCCCACCACCAAGACCCCCGCCAGUGAACUCAGGGAACUCUAGUCCAUAUACACAGAGCUAUAUACGGAACAAGUGGAAUAACGAUGGAGCAAUGGAUGCACGAGGCGCAGAAAAUCAGACACCUCCAGUGGUUCCAGCGAGGACUAAUGGAAGUGCUUCACCGGCGAAUGCGAGUAUCUCGUUGACUGUCUCCAAUGUUCCAACAGGGUCUUCAAUAGCCUCAAAAUCACCAACUCCCCGCCUAGAUGAGAACGAAAACGGUCAAAAGUCGGAAGAAGAAGAGCCGACAGUAGUGGAGGAGAGCACCGCACUAAUUGGAUCCCUCGGUGGAGUUAUUCGAUGUGAAAAGUCAAAUGUCGAGUUACGGAUACCGGCGGGUGCAAUUACAGAAGGACAAGAACAUGAGAUAUAUGUGAAAGUGUGUCGAGAAGGAGAUUCAUCACCGAUUGAUAGAUCAAAAGGAGAGACACUUCUAUCACCGUUGGUCAUGUGUGGUCCGCAAGGUCUAAAAUUCGAAAAGCAAUGUGAACUCCGUAUGCCGCACACGGGACCCGUCACCGCCGACUCGGACGGUCAAUGGUCAUUCUCACUGAAGACGGGAGAAGGUGGCGAGUGGAAACACAUGGAAAUCGAGCAACAGCAGGCGACAAACGCAAAUUUGGAUCAAUUCCUUACAGUUCCAAUUACUCAUUUCUAGACACGCAUUUUCCUAAUUGUUUUUCUUUUUUUUUUUGUUGAAAUUGUUCAUUUUUCUAAAAACUCCAACACAGCAUUAUACUUCACCGCCCAUCUCACACUGGUUUCUCUAUAUUGCAUCUGCUUGUCAAUUUGAUAGUCACAACUGAAAAGAUAUAUAUAUAUAUAUAUAUAACUUCUCUGAAAGUUUUUAAUUAAAACAUCUAUUUAAUAAACGAGUUCGAAUAUUUGAAAAUU